AUGGCAACGGAUGCGGCAUCCUUUCGUAAGCUUUACAAACACAGCCCUGGCGAGUUUCAAGAGAUGGUGCACUAUGUGCAUAAAACACUUGGGAAGGACACCUUUACCGGAUUAAUCACACGCCUGCACCAGAACAUUAUCUUAAAACUCAGUGCCUACCUGGAAGAGAAGGGGAAUGGGGUGAAUAGGCCUGAACGCGAAAUAGGUGAAGCUGCAUUGAAGGAUUGGUGGAAUGUUUGGUGCAAGUUGGCGGGCAAGCCGGUUCCAGAGGAGAUUGCAUGGUAG